AUGAAACCCCAAUUACGUGAUGCCGAGAUACAGGAGUGGUACAAGGGCUUCCUGAAGGACUGCCCGAGCGGCCACCUCUCCGUCGACGAAUUCAAGAAGAUCUACGGCAACUUCUUCCCGUACGGCGACGCCUCGAAGUUCGCCGAGCACGUGUUUCGCACCUUCGACGCCAACGGCGACGGCACCAUCGACUUCCGGGAGUUUCUGUGCGCGCUUUCUGUCACGUCGAGAGGGAAGCUCGAGCAGAAGCUCAAGUGGGCUUUCAGCAUGUACGACCUGGACGGCAACGGGUACAUAUCCAGGCAGGAGAUGCUCGAAAUCGUCACGGUGAGUAACGACUCGCGCUAA